AUUGUCCCAUUGGUCUUCCAUACCCAGAAGAAACACAAACCACGUAAACAUUUACUGAAUAAGAGCUCGAUUUUCGGUCUAGAAGUUCAUCGUUUGCUGAGCACAAAAGAGAUGUCAUCUGCAGAAGGGGCGGAUUUGAAAGGAGGACAUCCUCCUGCAGUGAAGGUUCAAGGUAUGCGUGUGGUUCAACACAAGGAGGGGAAAGACAAGCCAUCAGAACCACUGACAAAGGAGGAACAGGAGGAGUUUGGAACUAGUCCUCCUAAAGCUGAUACCCAUCACCAGUCAGUGAUAGUUGGAGGGACAGUGACACAGGGAGAUAAAGAUUUUCCCCCAGAAGCCGUAAAGCAUUAUCACAACAAGCCACUACCCACUCAUGAUUCCCGUGCGCCUGUGAAAAAUGUCCACAACAUCCACCAGCCUCGUUGAACUAAAUGAAAAUGAUAUCAUUCUAGUCUCGUAUUGAACUUGAGCUGGGACUCGUUCACAGAAUAUGAGAAGAAAAAAGACACUUUGGUUGAGGGAAAAGAUAGAAUAAAAUUAUUGAAUUGAAAUUUAAACAAAGAACUUCAAACUGAAGGAAAUGAGAUGUGUUGAAAACAGUAUUUAGAAAGAAAACAAAAUUAAUUGUAGAUGAUCAUUGAUAAAUGGACAUCUUACAUUACAAUAACGGUAAAGAAUGAAAAUAAAAAUCUGAAAGUUGUUAAUCGCUAGAUACACUUUGUAAACUGGUAAUUAAUAUAUCUGUUUUGAAAAUGACGGAUAAACAGUUAAAAUUACAAAUGUGAAGUUUAUCAAGGACAGAAAAGUCUUUAAAAAGUUUAUUUACACAUGUAUCUAGUAAAUAGUGCUAAUAAACAGAAUGUAAGAUAAACAGAUGCUUGUUUUGUUUCGAUGUUAAAAACAUCUGAUAUGUAACCCAAUCCAGAUGUAUUUUUAUGAAUGUAUGGUUUAACCAAAACAUCUAUUCCUUUACAUAUAUUUUGAAAAAAAAAACAGUUGUCAAAAUUCAUAAUAAAACUUUACCCAGGAUAAUUUAUAAAAUUAGAAAAGAUUUAAACCGCAGAAAUGGAAAAAAAUUGAAAUUCAAAUGUUUCUUUAGAAUGUGAAUUUGGGGAAUUGGUGUUAAUAUGCUGAUCGGGCAAAGAAAUCAACAGUGACACUGUAAUUAUAGGAGGUCGAGUGUGAAACCAGAGCGUUUAUCUACUGCUGACAUUUAACUGUACAUUGUAUCUAUUAAAUCAUGCAUUUAUUUUUUUGCGGCCAAAGUGUAAAAUUGUCUUUCGGUUGUAAAGAAUAUGCUUUUAACACAUUUAGUUUUGUUAUAAAAAUUACGAGGUACCAGUAUGUAGAAAUAUUCAGAUGAAAGUUAAGGCUUCAGUAAUCCAUAGGUUAAAAUCAUGGACACUUUUUUUGUCUAAGGCUAUCUAUAUUUGUCAUGUAUUUUUGAAUCAAUUUGUCCUCAAAUUUGUACAGACUUUUUCUUUUCUUCUUUUCUGAAAUAAUGGUAAGGGAUUGUUUGUUUUUCUUUUGAUGCCCCUGUGUUCUGAGUUUUAAAGUUUCAAAGAUUUUUCUUGCUUGUUCGUUUUUUUUUUUUUUUUCAAAGUUUGUGUAUUAAAUCAGACCUUAUUCUUUUCUGUUUCUGUCAUGAAUUUCUGAGAUGUAUUUCUGAUUAGGAUUUUUAGGUUUUGUUUUUUAUUUUGCAUCAUGAUACGCAAUGAGGGUUAUAUAUUUUGAAAUGUGAAUAAUUUGGUUUAAUUUUCUUAUUCUAAAAGCGAUAAAAUGUUUUUUACCCUUUAAACUGGAACUAUGACCACCAAAAUAUGAUCAACCCCACGUCUAUGUACUGCAAUUUAUCAUCAGGAGAAAAUUCAGUUAGUUGGCCAUAUUUUAAUGCCUUAUAUUACAGAAACUUCACAACAGUUGAUUAUACCUGCAUGAACUGAUUUUAGAUGUUAUAAUCAUCAUGUCUGUUAAAAUACAGUUUUGAUACAAUCAGAAUGCUGUUAUUGGUUUGUUCUUAAUUGUGUUAAUUGUAAUUCAUCUGAAAGUGAAAAGAAAAUAGAUUUUGUUGUUGUUGAAAUUUUUGGGGGAAAAAACAUGCUAUGAUAUUUUAUUAAAAUUUUAGAAUAAAGUUUAAAUGUGUUGUACAUUACAAAAAUGCAAUCAUGUUCUCUCUUCAGGGUUUUAAGCGUGGUACGAUGGAUGUAGAGUAUUCAGGCGUAAUUUAUUAUGCUUUAUCAUAUGUGUAGUUAUUUCAGAUUGGUGAAAUUAUCAAGCAAGAAUUUGGAUAAAUUUGUUAGCUUUGUGCUUUAAUAUAUAGAUAUCUGAUGUAAGCUGUCUACUCAGAAAAAGUAGCGGAGCUUUACUAGUCUUCCUGUACAAGUCACAGUACAUUGUAUUCUUUUGGGCAUUUCCUUUUUCUUUAUAAAGUUGACGAGAUGAAAUCUAGAAAUUGACAGAGCCAUAUAGCUAUAUAGGCGAUAAACCAGUAAUUCACUAGAUUUGGCCUCGUUACAUCUCUCAACACUAUUUAUGGACAGAAAUAUUCUGAAGGAUGAUGCUUAUGUGUUUAUUGAUGUUUUUCACAUUUUGACAUAUCAAUUGUUUUACUUUGCUUUAAAAAUUUUUUUUUAUUUCAUUUCUAUUUUAAGACAAUGUCUGGAAUUGCAUUUGUAUACAGUAUUAUGAUACAGUUGUAUUUUUCAUUUUUGAGACAAGAAUUUCUUGUAUAUAAGUAUGCAAUAAUAGAUACAUUUUUGAGAUUUUGGUUGACAUAUACAAUAGCACACUACUUAAUGGACAAAUUCAGAAAGAAAGUAUUACACUCGCGUACAUUUCAGUGUUAUAGACUGGAUUCAAACCUUAAUUCUUGUGUAAUAAGCUAUCGCUCAAAAUAAAAAAAUAUUCUUACAAUCAAAA